AUGACCACGAAAUCGGAUCAACUUCUUCGUUUUAAAGUUAUCAGUCUCGGCAAUGUGAAUGUCGGCAAGAGUUGUCUGAUCAAACGGUAUUGUGAAAAACGGUUUGUACCGAAAUAUAUGGCAACGAUUGGUAUUGACUAUGGUGUGACACGAAUACGUAUACGAAACUAUGAUAUUCGAAUGAAUAUAUUCGAUUUUUCUGGUCAUCCACUCUUCUAUGAAGUUCGAAAUGAAUUUUAUCGUGACGUUCAAGGCAUAUUACUCGUUUUCGAUGUCAGUAACCGUCGAUCAUUCGAAUCAUUAGAGUCAUGGCUUACAGAAAUGAAGAAAGAAUUAAGUCUUCAUAGCAAUGGACACAAAUCGUCGGUUAUUGUCUUUGUUAUUGGAAAUAAAAAUGAUCUGAAACGAACGGUAGAGGAAAAUGAAGCCAAACUUUGGGCAAAUGUUCGCGGUUAUCAAUAUUUCGAAACAUCAGCUGCAACUGGUACCGGUGUUCAAGAAAUGUUUGACAAUCUAUUUUCUGUUCUGAUCGAUACCAAUGAGAAUGGUGGUGUUCUACCUGAUACUACUCUUCCCAAUGUCAAUUUCACUAUCGAACAAGUCGAAGCAAUCAAUCGGUUACGAAAUAAUAAAGACAAUUUUGAGCGUUUAGGUUUAAAACAUAGUUGUACGAAAGAAGACGUCCUAGCCGCUUAUAAACGCUUAGCAAAAUUGCUACAUCCCGACAAAAGUGAGGCACCUGGAAGUGAAGAUGCAUUUAAAUUGUUACUCAAUGCAAAAACCGAAUUAUUGAAUCGUUUUGACAAAUAA